AUGAUUAAGCUAAGCGUCUGGCAAGGGCAUAGGCAGCAGAGCCAGGAAGGUGAGCCCUAUCCACACCUCAGCCAGGCUGUGGUGGCCAAGACUGGUUUGGAAGGCAGGGCCCCAGGGCACGGGGGCCCAGAGCCGACAGCCACAGCCUCCCCCUGCACACGGGCAUCCAGGAGCAUCUCAGGCCGGAGCCUCUGUUGCCUGCCCUACUGGGACUCUGCCCUCAACCCUGGCAUCAUGAAGCUGCAAAUGUUCUGGACUGGUCUGGAAUACACCUGCCGGCUCCUGGGCAUCACCACGGCUGCAGUGUUGAUCGGCGUGGGCACUGAGACCUUCCUCCAGGGGCAGUUCAAAAGCCUGGCUUUCUAUCUGCUGUUUAUAGGAAGUGUCAUCUCCGUGUGUGAAGGGGCCUACUUUGUGGCUCAGCUGCUGGCCGCCUGCUUCCAGUGUCGACCAGAGUCCCUGGCCUCCAGAGCAAGGGAGAAAGCCCGCUGGCUGGGCUGCUUCCAGAAGUUCCUGGCGUACAUGUUGCUCUCUGUGGCCUGCUUUCUCCACCCUGUCCUGGUCUGGCACGUGACCAUCCCAGGCUCCAUGCUCAUCAUCACCGGCCUGGCCUACUUCCUGCUGAGCAAACGGAAGAAGAGCAAAGCCAACCUGGAGGUGCUGGCUCCCCCUGAGCAGUACACGGACCCCUCCAGCAGUGCCGUGAGCACCACCGGCUCUGGGGACACCGAGCAAACCUACACCUUCCACGGGGCCUUCAAGGAGGGGACUGGCUCCCUCUUCAUCCACAUGAAGAGCAUCCUGAAGGGGGCCAAGAAGCCCAAUGCCCUCCAGUGCCCAGACACCCUGACAGAGCUGACUCUGGAGCCAGCCGACUCGCUGGUCAAGAAGAAGCAGGUGCACUUUGAAGACAGUAUGGUCAGAAUCAUCCCGUCUCUCACUGAAGACCUGGAUGAUGGGGACAGCGAGCCAGAGGAGACCACAUCUGACACCACUCCCAUCAUCCCUUCCCCACAAGCCCCUAUCUUCUUGUCUUCUCUCACGGACACCAACCUAUUCUGA